GGGAGGGAGUGUCCGUGUGCUGUGGCGGCGCCGCCGCCGGGCGAGCCCCGGCCAUGGAGGAGCAGCCCCUGUGCUGCUGCGAGUACGUGGACAGGAGCGGGCAGAGGAACCACCUGGCGGCGUGCUGCUGCGACUGCCCCGACCUGGACGAGGGCUGCGAGAGGUGGCUGACAUGCAGAUCCUUGCCUCCAGGAGCUCUGGAAAGAAUCGCCGACACUGUGGCGGACCGGGUGCGCAUCCCUUGGUUUGCAGGAGCUGUGAAGGUCAAUGUGAGCCUUGUGCCACCUCUGGUUCUGCUGCCCGUCCUCCUGCACAUCGCAGCUCUGCAUUUCCUGCUGGGGCUCGUCAUCCUGACAUCCCUGCCCGUGGUGGUGCUGUGGUAUUACUACCUCACCCACAGGAGGAAGGAGCGCACUCUCUUCUUCUUGAGCCUAGGGCUCUUCUCCUUGGGCUACAUGUACUAUGUGUUCCUCCAGGAGGUGGUUCCCCGAGGCCACGUGGGGUAUUCCCAAGUGGUCGCUCUCACCUGCGGGUUAAUUCUUAUGCUUGCAGCCCUGACUCGAGCCAAGAGAGACCCUGGCUACCUUCCCAUCCCAGCAAGCAACGAGAAGUCCUUGCAGCAGGAUUUGCCCAACAAGAGUGUUAGAGGGAGCUCCAAUGGGCUCCAUGGUGUCACCAUAUCAGGAGCUGCCAGUGGUCGUGCUUUAAAUGGGGAGGUGAAAAGUUAUUGUAGGAUGUCAGCUGAGAAGCUGGAAGGUGUGAAAAGGGACUGGUGCGCUAAAUGCCAGCUGGUCAAACCAGCCCGAGCAGGGCAUUGCCGGCUUUGUGGCAGAUGUGUAAGGAGGCUGGACCAUCACUGUGUCUGCAAAGUAUUUCUUCUUUCCUUUUGGAGGAUUAACAGCUGUGUAGGGGAGCAGAACCACCAAGCAUUCAUCCUUGCACUCUCCUUCUUCAUGGUCACUGCUGUGUAUGGGAUUACAUUGACCCUGCACACCAUCUGUAGGGGCCGAACUCCUUUUGUGGCACUGUUCUACUGCCCUGGGGCCUAUUCUGACUACAGCUCUGCUCUGUCUUUCACCUGUGUGUGGUACUGUGCCAUUGUAACAGCUGGCAUGGGAUACAUCCUCCUUAUCCAGCUGUUGAACAUCAGCUACAACGUGACCGAGAGGGAAGCUCGGCUGGCUCUGCGAGACAACACUGGGCGCAGGCUUCUGGGUGGGUUAGUGAUAGACACUGGCCAGUAUAACAGGGGUUUCCUAUGCAACUGGGGACAUUUUGUGAGCCUAGGGUCUUCUCCUCCACAGCGCUCUGCGGAAGACAUCGUGUGACACUCCUCUUUCUGCAGAUGACAUUGACUGACUUUGUUUAGCAGGGGAACGGCCCCUUCCACUAGGACUCUCUCCUCCUACACCCUUCCUUCGUCGUCGGUGUAUGGGCUGCCUGUCCUGUCACUGACAACAUUAGAGGCUUUCCUAGGCAGAAUGGUUCUUCGUGUGCUGUCAGCCAGCAAUAGGAUGCAAAAAGCUGUAAGCCAUAUGCACAAACCUGGAGAGAAAGAGCCUGCUACCUUUUUUCACCGUGGGAAGCCUGGUGCAACUCAGCUCAGCUGGAAGAAGAGCUUGAGUUUCCAUUAGAUGUGAAGCCUGGCAUCAAAAGGAACCUGCUGCUGGACUUCAGAGCGUCUGCUGGUUCCUGCAAAGGUUAAGGAAUUCCUGGCUUGUACCUGUGUGCAACAUUUCAGAGAUGUCUGGAGAGUGAACUUUUAAAACAGGUGGACCGCUGUAGAAGCCGCGGUGCUUUGGCUAAAAGAGACUAAGGCAGUCACGGAGCAGCUCCCUCCUCUGGUGCAUUUUUUUUCCUCUGUCUUCUGUUCCAUCCAGCUGUAUACAUGCUUUGUAUUAAGUGCCUUCGUGAGCAAUGUUCCUGUAGGGCUUUGUAAGAUCUCUUCACCUCUUGACCCCUCAAGUUUUUAUUCCAUCCUCAUCUGUCCAACUGGGUGAGAAGGCACUCAUCUUCAAUCUCAUCAUCGUUCCUUCUGCAAGCUGUGUCUGUGUUGGUUUGAAGGCUUGGCUUAUCUUCCUCAGAGUGUUUGAUUAUGGAUUGUGAUAUGAGACAGCAGGUAAACAUAUCAAGUAAGGAGAUGCUUUGAAGCAACAUGUUAACAGUGGACUCUGAAGGGAAAACAAGAGUGCUGCCUGGUGUUAUGGUAGCUUUAUGGACGAUACUUUUCUCCUUAACCUUGUGGGUAAAGGAGUCUAUGGGAGAGUAGACGAUUCUGCUAACGGCAUUUUUGCUAGGUAGUGUCUUGGUUGGUUGUGUUGCUAAUAACAGUGAUCUUUUGUCCUCUCAGCCCAGUCACUGUGGAGCUGCCUGAUUGUAGAUCUGUUUUCUUAAGUCAGGAGGAACAUUUCAGUCUCUGUGUAUGCAGGGAGAGGAUGUGUUGGAGCUGUCUGUUUUUUGGGUAGAUGAUCUGCACUGACAGUUGAAUGGCUGUGUUAAAUGUGCUCUGCAAGAAUGUCACUUGUUCCUCAUCAGCCUGCAACUGUAUUUUUGCCCAGAUUUGAGCUUCAACUGAAAUCACAAGGUUUGGGUGAUGACUGUUUGUGGGUGGCAUUUUCUUGUUGCUUUUUGUUUUAAACAAGCUAUUUGUGUAUGUUGUUGGCCCUGCAGUAAUAUGAAAGGUCUGGGUGGAAAAGCCCAAGACCAUGGCACAGGAGUUAUGGGUUGAGGCUAAGAUCCAGGAGCAGAGGGAAGGGCCUUGUCCUAGUUACUGUUGUUUUUACAUGUGCUUGCAGCAUGCACAGAUCAUACCUCCCCCUGAGUUCGCAGCCCACAACUGAGGGAUGUUUGAGAGAUGGAAAUUCACUGUGUGUUGCUGUCCUUUAUCUCUGAAGAAUGAAUGGAUGGUGCGUGGUGUCAAGAGGUAGCAGGGUUAGGGGUUGUCCCUUGAGAUUCCAGCCAUAUUUGUGUGUAUUUCUGAUUACGUGUCCCAGUUUAAAAUGAAGACCAUGUCCCUCUUUGCACUGUUUGGUUUCCUUAAGUGGCACUUUCUAUAACCAGCAGAUAAUUGAGCAGCUGCACUUGGAAAGUGGCUGUGCCGAAAGAAUUACUGACUUACUGAGUGUCCCCUAUUUCCUCUUACCCCUUUUCAUCCAGUGAACAAUGCUUUUUAAGGAAGUAAAGGAGACACCUCUCUUGCUUCCUGCUUCUAACUGAAACGCACUAAGAGGUUUCUGAUGACUUCCUUGGCCCUAAUGUGAAGAAAAAGGCACCCAGCUGCACUGUGCUAACCAUUCCCCUAUGACCUUCUGACUGUUUGGAGCUUGGACCCUCACCCUAGGAGAUUAAAUUCACACAAUGACCUUGCCUCCUUGACUUGUCUGUAAAUGUUUCUGUGGCACGUAUGCAUUUUGUGGUGCCUGCUGAAAUGCACUGGAGCUUGGCAACCCUGGAGACAAGGACACUGUGGGCUAGCAGGUGAUCUUCUCAGAUCUCAUCCUGCUGGGUUUGGGAAGGUUAGGUAAAAGGGCUUGCAGUGGAAAUAGGCAGCCUCUCAGUCCCUGUGAGUUACGUACACAGAAAUCAAUCACAUGCCCAUGAGCUGAAUGAGCCCUGGGAAUAUUUGCAGGUUUGAGAUAAGUGAUUUGUCAGAGUCCUGCUACUCCUGGCUGAGAGAAAACAGAGCAGAUCACAGAUCGUUUCCCUGGCAGUAUUCCCUUUCUCCCACAGGCAGAGACUAGUUACUACUUCGCAGCUGAUCUGUCAGCAUAGCUCUGUCCCUUUUCUCCUGGUGAACUCUUAGCGUAGGAGAUUUCAUUUGAACUUCUUACACUCACGUGUUUUCAAUGGUGUUCUCCUGGGCAGCAGGGACUUCGGAGUGCACAUUAGGAACAAAGGACCUUGGAGUAAAACAAGCAUUCCAUGCCUUGGACAAGCCCAUUGUAAUAUAAGGAGGGUAAAGUGCUAAAUUAAAUUUUAUUUCUGCACUCACUCCAGAGGGAACUGGAACCAUUCAAGACACUAAAAUGGUUGCACGGCUGGGUUUUUUUAGGAGGAGAAUGCAGUGCUGACUCCCCAGUGAACCAGAAGUUCACAUGGCUGUAACCUGCAUAGCAGCAGUAACUUUUUCUUUAAGGACAUGGCUUUUGUUUACCAUCCAGGCUUCUUCCUGAGAGGAUUUACCUUGUGAAUACCACAGGAGAUGGGAAGCAUAAAGAAACAGGAUAUCUAAAAGGGUGGAAGAGUUGCGAGCUUCAGAUAUGUGCUUUGCAGCUCUCCUUUUAAUAGCCAUGAGGAUUAGGAAGAAACUCUUGAAGGGUAAUGCUCCCUUUUGCACUUAUAGCAAGGUCAGACUGUUGUGAGCUCUUCUGCACUAAAGGACAAUUUCUUUUCUCAGUAUUUUUUUUUUUUUUGCUCACCUUGUUGUUUGCCACAGUGGUAGAAAAAUGUUCAAACCUAGGCAUACAGUUAGUCCUCGAGCUUACUGUGUUAGUAGCUGCCUAGAUCCAUGUUGCCAGGGUGUUGGAGCAGUGGGAGCGCAUUUGACAGGUGACUUGUGAACUGUGCGUGUAUCCUUGAGGCAAGGACCAGUGUUUUACCUGUAAAACUGUAUACACAUGCCUGUCAGUGCAGGAAACAGUGUCCUGCUGGCCCUUGAAAAGUGCUCUCUGUGUGAAAAGAGAGGGGACAGAGCUCGUCAGAAGUAGAGAAGGAUUUUGGUAAUAGCUAGCAUUGAUGUUUCUCUGCCCAGACCUGGAAAUAGUUUAUCCUGCUUUAACCAUGACCUUUUAAAAGGCAUUUGCCAAUUCAUAAAUAGUGUGGGCUUCUACAGACUAGGGCAGCUCUGAAGAGGCCAGGGUUCUGAUAUUGCUGCUAUUCUAGUGUUAAACCCUCUAGAUCCAAAUGCCAGCACCCUACUGUUUGGUGACUAUACUAAGAACUGUGCACCAUUAGAUGCACCCUGUAAAUGGUGGCUUGGCACGUUUUUUAACUGUCAUCUUACAUCGUGCUUUUCUGUCAGCAAAUCACAAGUCCCUGCAUUGACUGUUUCUCCAUUAAACUUGUUCUAAAAUGACAAAAGUCACUGGUGAGCCUGUAUUGGUGCUGCUUGUGACUUCUAAUCACAUUUCUGCCUUCAUGCUACGAUGGUGCUUUUUUUUUCUUCUAAGUAGGUUGCUUUCAAGUGUCUUAAUGAAACCAUUUGCUGUAAAAUUCCUUCUGAAGAUAAAAUGGAUACUGCCUCACUGCCUAAUGUCUUAAUAAUGUGCUUGUUUUUUUUUCCUUCUGUAUGAAUGCAUAUCGCUUCAUUAGGGCAGGAAGCGUAUGUCAUUAUGGAUGUGUUUUCCUGUAUUGCUUUCAGUGAAGAUCUCUACAGUUUCCUAGGACUUUCUUCCACUAUCAGUAUGUGUGUAAAGCAAAAAUCUCUUGUGGACAAGUGAGAUUAUUUCUGAAAUGUCAGAAUUCAGCCUUCCAAUAUCUUGUCUUUAUGGAACUCCCCUAAUUGUAUUGUGAGUAAUGAUGGACUCUGGAAGAACUGUCUGCCUUGGAGAGUGUGGGGCGUUUUGCAUUUUUUUCAUACCAAGCUUUAGGGAAAAACUUUGUGAAACAUAUUUGUGAGCUUUGUUGAAAGGACUUGUGUGUGUGUGUGUGUGUGUGUUUGUGUGUUUGUGUCCAUUUUGCAUUGUAUU